AUGUCUAGCAUCGACAAGGAGACAAACAUUGAGCCCAGUCAGCAAGUCGAUGGUUGGAACAAGUUCAAGGAUUCAGAUGGCGGCAGGUUGCAAGAGUCCCAGUCGCGUAUCACAGAGCCAGAUUCUGCUGAGCUUCGAGAUCAUGCAGAUAACCAUGAGGGAGGGUUUACGCGGUCUCGCAUCAGUAUCGGCGCAGCAAUCCACGAUGGUCGUCCUACAACGGCCCCAGACGGAACAACCGUUUUCUACAAGGUUUACAAGCGCAGGUGGUUCGGUGUCAUCCAGUUGACGCUCUUGAAUAUCAUUACCAGCUGGGAUUGGCUCACCUUUGCGCCCGUCCCAGCAAGCUCAGCAGCCUACUUUCAGGUCACCGAGACCGAAAUAAACUGGUACAGUACAGCAGCAUUGCUAUGCAUCGCAGCAUCUGCGCCGGUGGUAAUCUACACCCUUCGCCACGGACCCAAGCCUGCCAUAUUCGCAGCGUCCGCACUCGUCCUCGCGGGGAACUGGAUUCGCUACGGCGGAUCCCGCGCUUCUUCUGGCUCGUACGGCAUCGUCAUGUUUGGUCAAAUCCUAUGCGCCAUGGCACAGGCUCUUGUCCUGGCCUCGCCGGCCCGCUACUCGGACCUCUGGUUCACCGACAGGGGCCGCGUGGCUGCGACCGCCCUCAUGUCGCUUGCCAACGCCUUUGGCGCUGCUUUGGGUAGCUUGCUCAUUCCGUUCAUGGUCGAAGCACCAGAGGACGUGCCGAACAUGCUUCUCUGGGUUUCCAUCAUUGCGACCGUGUUUUCGAUCACCGGUUUCUUCAUCCCGGCCGCACCCCCGACGCCCGUUGCAGCCUCGAGCGAAACGCCCAAGGAGGGGCUGAUCUCUUCGCUGCGCAUCGUCUCGCGCUCCCCAGAGGCUUGGAUGAUUCUGAUACCGUUCGCCGUCUACGUCGGAUUGUUCGACGCCAUAUCGUCCCUCCUGGCCCAGAUGAUGGUGCCACACGGCUACUCCGAGGACGAGUCGGGGAUCGGCGCCGCGGUGCUCAUCGUCGUCGGCCUGGUCGCGGCCGCCAUCUCGAGUCCCAUCAUCGACCGCACCAAGGCAUUUGUGCUGAGCAUCAAGAUCUUCAUCCCCUUCAUCGCCCUGUCCUACCUCGUCUUCAUCUGGAUGCCCGAGACGCGAUCCGAAGGCGGAAUCGCCGGCCCGUACGUCGUCCUCGCCAUCCUGGGCGCCACCUCCUUCGCCCUGCUCCCCGUCGCCCUCGAGCUGCUCGUCGAGUUCACGCACCCCAUCAGCCCCGAGGUCACUUCCACCUUUGCCUGGGCCGGCGGUCAGCUGCUCGGUGGCUGCUUCAUCCUGAUCGGUGACGCUCUCAAGGAGGGACCCGAAGGGAACCCGGCGGGUAACAUGAAGCGCAUGUUGAUAUUCCAGGCAGUCGUCGCCCUGGUCGGUGCCAUCCCGCCCUUGUGUCUGGGUUUGUUUGGGAGAGGUGAGAAUGUCAGGCUGAGGAGAGUUGCGUCCGACGUUCGGACGAGGCAAGCGGACACGACAGCGUGA